AUGGCUCAACGAUUGGAAGACGAUUUUGAGCUCCAAGAUAGCUCCAGAGGAAGAGACAAGAGCCUGGAUAGCAUUGAUGAAGCAGCAACCGCAAAUACCUAUGAAAAAACCAUCGGAGAGAGAUUCCUCUCUAAAUUUAGAUGGCUCAACCAUGUUGGAGCCCUUGUUAUUCUUAUAAUUAUUUUGUUGAUUUUGGGAGGUUUAUGUGCUUUUGCUGGAGUGCUAUUUUCUCAAGAACUAGGCUGUGGAGAAGUUUCCGAAUACUUGAACAAAUAUGAAACAGUGGCACUUGAACAAACUUCGAGCUAUACCCAAAUUACAACUGAGUAUGAUAAAGUAAUCACUCAAAUCAAGAAGGCUGCAGACAUUAUGAGUGAGAUUUACAGAGAGCAAAUGUAUUCUGAAAACCCACAUUUGAGAGCAGAAAUUCUUCCUACUGCUUGCCAUGGUAAACCAUUAGCUUUGUUCGAUCUCAACUUCGGACCUUGGAUUAGAAUUAACGAUGACAAGACUUUUAUCGAAGCUCCCUAUGAAUUUCUUGCUGAAGUACCAAAGGAAGAAAUUCCAGAGAGAAAACUUCCAGGUGCUGGAUAUUAUCCACACAAUAUUAGCAAGAUUGAAAUUCAUGAAUGGCUUCGUACCUUGAGUGCUAGUGAUCAAAAAGAAGCUCUUAGUUAUUAUACAGUUAUCAAGAAGCAAAACGACAAACUUGUCUCGGUGUCAUACAGUGACCAAUACAAGGCCAAAUUAACAAAGGCAAGCAAUUACUUGAUGGAAGCUUCUAAACAAUUGACAAACAAGGAUGCUGCAUUGAAGAAUUUCCUUGUUUCUCGAGCACAAGCUUUCCUUUCAAACAAGUAUGAAGAUAGCGACCUUGCUUGGAUGAAUGUCACUGAUGCAAACUCCGUGUUGGAAGUCACAAUUGGUCCUUAUGAAACUUAUGACGAUGAAUUGCUAGGUUUAAAGUCAUCUUUCGAAGCCUACAUUGGUUAUCGUGACACUGAGUACGCCCAGCUUGUCAGUACCAUUUUGGAUAAUUUACAAAAGUUGGAAGAUAACUUGCCUAUGAGAAAUGCUUAUCCUCACAGAGAUGUCGGUGCUCUUAAUUCUAUCCGAGUGAUCAAUCAAAUUUAUGUCGGAGGACAAGCCAACGGUGCCAUUAAAGCCGUUGCUUACAACUUGCCAACCAACGAUGAUCUUGUUCAACAGUAUGGUUCUAAGAGAGUUGUGCUGAAGAACGUCCAAAAAGCAAAGUUUAAUUCGAUCCUUUCCCCAAUUGCCAAGCGUGUAGUUGCCCCAUCACAAACAGGUUAUGUUGUGUUCAAGGCAUUCUUCACACAAGUACUUUCUCACGAAAUUAUGCACGGAUUAGGUCCACACAAAGUUGUUUCAACUGGUCAACCUCUCCAUGAAGCUUUUGGUUCACACUAUGCACCAUUGGAGGAGCUUAAGGCAGAUAUUGGUGGAUUGUGGUUGUUGACCACUUUACUUAACAAUAAUACCAUUACCUUAGAUUUUGGAUUGAACUCAACUGAUGCUACUGCUCCAGCUAACGUUCUUGCUAAGAGAGCAAUCUACACCUCCUAUUUGGCUAGUAUAUUCAGAAGCGUUAGAUUUGGUGUUGAGGCAUCUCCUCAAGCAAAGGCUAAUGCUGCUGCUUUUAACUUUUUGAGAACUAGAGGUGCCAUUGUUGCAGAAAAAGUUGAUGAUCAUACCUACUAUGCUAUUGAUACUGCUGUCUUUGAGCAUUCUAUUCAUGAUUUGCUUGAUGAACUUUUGGAAUUUAUGAUCGAUGGUGACACUGACGAUACUGAGACCUUCUGGAAUGCUUAUGGAAAAGUCUCUGAAGAAAUGAGCGCAGUCCUUAAGGUCUUUGACGAGUUGGAAGAAACCGAUUCUAAAAUUCCAGUUGAUCUUAUUUUCAAUCAAAAAUCAGCAACGGUCACUGCAGACGAAUCCACGCCCACCACAAGGUCAAAAUUUGAAUACGGUCCAAGAUCUUUCAUUCGUUCCUUCAACUUCUAA